CAUGCCUGCCUCGAGUGUCAACGCCGCAAGAUCCGCUGCGACGGCAAGCAGCCCUGCGGCCGGUGCCAGUCCAGCCGCUCCCGGAGGCGGUGCGUGUAUGAGCAGCAUCGCCAGCGUCUCGUUCCGUCCAGGAAAUCACUGGAAGAGCUGUCACGGAAUCUCGAAGAGUGCCGCUCCGUGCUGCGGCGUCUCUUUCCCAACCAUCAAGUCUCCCACUUGCUAUCCUUAUCACGCCAGGAGCUCUGCAGCCUCCUAGAUCAGCCGGCACAGCAAAGGACUGUUGACCUGUCGCCGGUCCCACCCUCGCCCAAGGAUGAUCAGCAGCACCCAACGGAGCUCGAGCAGAUGCCCGCGCAGAACUCUCAGUGGGACGAGGAACGAAGAGACCGGGACCCGUUGCCGGCCGAAGCUGACGAUGUAAACGCCCUGUCCCUCGCCAUGGACAAACAGGCUUCUUCCUAUCUCGGUGCCUCGUCCGUCAAAGUCGCCUUGACCGUCAUGCUUCAGAUCCAGCCCCAGCUUCAGCUAUUGCUCGCGUCACAGCCGUCUGCUGAUUCUUCUAGUGACGACAACACCCGCAGCAAGGUUCCUCUUAUCCGUGCAGCUUCCAGAUCCGCCAAGAAGCAGUUUCCUAUCCCCUGGACAUACAAGGGGCAAGCUCUUGUCGAUGCCUACUUCAAACGCGUCCACGUCCUCACCCCCUUACUGGAUGAGGCCUCGUUCCGAAAACAUUACAGCGAGGGUCGGCGGUGCGAUGCUCCCUGGCUCUCCCUGCUCAACAUGGUCUUUGCCACGAGCAGCAUCAUGUCAACGCCAUCGAGCAACUUGAGCCAUAUCAAGUACUACAACCAAGCCAUAGAGCACAUCCAUCUCAGUGCAUUUGGGAGCAGCCACAUCGAGACCAUCCAUGCCCUGGGGCUUCUUGGAGGCUACUAUCUGCACUACAUCAACCGCCCAAACAUGGCCAACGCCAUUAUCGGCGCCGUCCUCAGAAUGGCCACUGCUCUCGGUCUGCAUCGAGAACCGCCACCGGAGGAGCCACAGUCUGAUCCUGCGGUCGUUGAGUCGCGGAGGCGCACUUGGUGGACCUUGUUCUGCCUCGACACUUGGGGCACCACAACUCUUGGGCGCCCUUCGUUUGGGCGAUGGGGGCCGGCGAUCAAUAUCCAACCCCCUAAACUUGUUACGGAGAAUGUAGAAUACGACUCUGCCCAAUUCGGGGGCAUCAUGCCUUUGCUCGAAAACAUAAAGUUCUGCAAAAUUGCGACCAAAAUUCAAGACAUGCUCGCAGUCAGUCCUCUUCUCGAGUCAGAAGAUCGACAUCAUCUUGAUAGCCUUCUUGUCGACUGGCACAACAACCUCCCCUGGCUUCUUCGAUCUACGGAACCCUGCGUAGAGUCACUCCAUCUAUCUCGAAGCGUCAUGACAUGGCGGUACUGGAAUCUACGCAUGCUUCUCUACCGCCCUGUUCUUCUGACGCUGGCCAGCAAAGGCCAGUUGCCCAUCUCGGAGCAAGAUGUGGCCGCCGUGAAGAAUUGCCAGGAGGCCGCACGAGAGACGGUGGACAGCGUCUCAAAAGGGUGGAUGCGCCAGCAAAUGUCCGGAUGGAAUGCCGUGUGGUUUCUGUAUCAAGCAGCCAUGAUACCGCUGGUCAGCAUCUUAUGGCAGCCCGAUAACCCCGCCGUUGUCGACUGGCGGGCCCAGGUUGAGUCGACGCUGGAGCUGUUCGAGGCCAUGAAGGAUUGGUCUCUCACAGCACGCCGUAGCCGGGAUGUCGUCAGCCGCUUGCUCGAGGCCAGUUCCAAGAUUUCCAACACGAGACAA